CCCUGUAAACCCCCUCUCAGUUAAUUUUCAUUUAAUUUUUCAGGAAUUUUUUACCCACACCCAUACUCUUUCUUUCCUCUGUCCAUCUCAUCUCAUCUCAUCUCAUCACCAUUAAUCAUCUCUUCCACUUUUUCUAAAAACAGGUUAAUGGAUAUAUCAUAAAAUAUAUACAACCCUAUAUUCUUCAUCAUAAGCAUAAUCACAAAUCUUGAACCCUGAAAACGAACCCUGAAAACUAAAGAAAAGAGCUAGCAGAAGUGAAAUGAAUUUCCUAGUGCUUGAUUAAGCGAAGUUUGAUAACGCUAGCUAUGUUUAAUUUAUCCACAAUGGCAGAUUUCAUUAGUGAUCCACCAAGAAGAUCAAGAACAAGAACACCAACACCAACGACAACUCCAACGACGACAACUCCAGAAACAGAUACUGAAACUCCACCAACUAAACCAAUAACCGAUCGUCAACAUCUUCAUCCUCUUAGUCAACAUUUUAAUUAUAAUAACCCGUAUAAUAAUCACUCAAAAAUCAUCUUAUCUUUCACCAACGGGGGGCUCAAGCGUCAGCACCACCCGAAAACUCCCACCCCACCUCCUCCUCCCCCGGUGGUUGUUUACAAAGAAUGUCUGAAAAAUCACGCAGCAAGUUUAGGAGGUCACGCUUUAGAUGGAUGUGGAGAAUUCAUGACGUCUCCGACUUCAACAGCAGCAGCCAUUAACAAUAAUAAUCCUACUUUACUAAAAUGCGCCGCUUGUGGUUGUCAUAGAAAUUUUCAUCGUCGUGAACCAGAUAUCGAUGAAUAUUACCCAUUACCCCAGUAUCUUCAACUACCAGCGCCACCUGUUCCUCUUCUUCGAGGUCGUGAAAGAAGUCCUAAUUCAUCAGCAUCUCCACCACCAAUUUCCUCAGCUUAUUAUCCGUCUUCUGCACCACAUAUGUUGCUUGCUUUAAGUGCUGGUAAUUUAUCGUCUGGUCCACCGUCUGAUCAUCAUCAUCCUCAACAAGAACAGCAUCAUUAUCAGAAUCGGACGGGUAAUACUACUACUACCACUACUGUGACAACAACACCAGCUGCUGGGAAUGCUAAGUACUCAAAUGGUGGUGGUAGUGGAGGAAGCAGCAGUAGGAAAAGAUUCAGAACAAAAUUCAGUGAAGAACAGAAAGAUAAAAUGCGUACCUUUUCAGAGAAAUUAGGUUGGAAGUUGCAGAAGAGAGAUGAUAAUUUGAUUGCAGAAUUCUGUGAUGAAAUUGGAGUUGGAAGGAGUGUUCUGAAGGUUUGGAUGCAUAACAACAAAAACACUUUGGGUAAGGCUAAUCUUAGCAACAGUAUUAGUAGUAUUAAUCUUCAUACCAACAACAACAGCAACAACUAUAAUGGUAGUACAAGUCCAUCUAAUGACCACAAUUACCAGCACCAGGUCCAUCAUCACCAUCAUCAACAUAGUGGUUCUUCUUCUUCUGAUUAGUUAGUUAAUCUUUGAUUAAACAGUACUUUUUUGAGAUAUUUAGAGAGAAUGGGUCUUAUCAUUUAGUUUCAUUUUGUAAUUGUUGGUUUUCUCUCUUAAAUGUCUUUUUAAUUACACACUCUAUGUUAUGAUUAGGAAAAGAAAGAUGAGAAAUAUGGAGGACCUAUAUCAAAAUGCAAUCUUUCUGUAAUCUGUUCUUUUUUUUUGGCUAAAUCUUCAUUGAUCUCAAUGAGGGUUUAUGAAAUAUCUACAGUGUAACAGUAGUACAGCUUCAAUCA